CUAGGAAAAUGGCCGAUGAAGAUUUAUCAUUGAAUGAAGAUCAACUCUUGGACAAUUUGGAUGAAGCUAAUGGCGAAAAUGAAUCUGAACUGAUAAACGAGGACGAAACAAAUAUGCAAAUUGAUCCCGAAUUGGAAGCUAUUAAAGCUCGCGUCAAAGAAAUGGAAGAGGAAGCUGAAAAAAUUAAACAAAUGCAAACUGAGGUAGACAAACAAAUGGCUGGUUCCACAACGGGUUUGGCCACGGUGCCGUUGUCAUUGGAGGAAAAGCAAGAGAUCGAUACACGCUCAGUGUAUGUGGGCAAUGUUGACUAUGGUGCAUCGGCUGAGGAAUUGGAGGCACAUUUCCAUGGUUGUGGAACGAUAAAUCGUGUUACAAUUCUGUGUAAUAAGGCUGAUGGUCAUCCAAAAGGAUUUGCUUAUAUUGAAUUUGGUUCCAAAGAAUAUGUUGAGACUGCAUUGGCCAUGAAUGAGACACUGUUUCGUGGUCGUCAAAUAAAGGUUAUGUCCAAGAGAACAAAUCGUCCCGGUUUAUCGACUACCAAUCGUUUCCCACGCGGCAGUUUCCGAGGUCGUGGUGGUUCUCGAGUGUCCAGAGCAUGCUGUCACACCACCACUUUCCGUGGUGCUCGUCGCCCUAUAAGAGGUUAUCGUGGACGUGUCAAUUACUAUGCCCCCUACUGAUUAAUAUUCUUACCUACUUUUAAUGAUUUUUUUUACAAUAUAUAAUGAUUUCAAAAAACAUUAUAUUGUUGCCAUUCUUCAAAAAAAUGAUAAAAACAUAAAAUACAGAAAAGAUCCGAAAGAAAAUACGCUAUAAAAUACAAAAAAAAAACAUUAAAAAAUAUGCCAAUGUAUGGGAAAAGAAGAAGAUGAAAAAAAUUAUGAAAAAACUUCCUUGCAAAAAAGACCUAAACUAGACGAAGGAAGAAAAAAAUGGAACAGAGGAAAAAGAACUGAUAAAAAAGAUGCAUAUAAGACAAAAGAAUGUGAACAACAUGAUCUUAGAGAAGCAUAAACAGUAAUUACAAAUCCCAAAAGUACAACAGAUUAUAUGAAUGUGGCUAAUAAUGUUUUUUGAAUGAUCAUCAACAAAAAAACCCUACUAUAUACAUAUACUGUAAACCCUUUUUAUUUUAAAAAACCAACCACAAAAAAUCUACAUACAUGAAAAAAGAAGAUCGAAAAGGAAAAAAAGAAAUCAAUAAUAAAAAGAUGAAAAAAAUUUUUCGAAAAGAGGACAUCAAAAAUAUUCGAGUCGAAAAAAGGAUGAAAAAAAAAACAAAAAUAUAUCCAUCACAGAAGAAAAAAAUAUGAGAAGAAGAAGCCCAUAAAAAAUUAAGAAGAAAACCAUCCAAAAAGAAUACUAAAAGAACAUGAAGAUGACAAUGAAGAAGAAGAAGGCAUAAAUAAUGGAGAAGAUAAUAUAUAAUAAAAAGAGCACACAUAAAAAAGAAAAACUGAACAAACAAUUUUUAUGAGAAAAAAAUGAAAAAACAAAUAUUACUAUAAAAUUAAUAAGCUAAAACAAAAAAUCUAAAAUAAAUGAAAAACAAAUAUAAUAUAAUUAAAAUAUUAUAAAAACA